ACCCGGCCGUCAUUCUAAGCGCGCGAAACAAAAAACAACACACCACGGAAACACUAGUCACAUCACGCUUGUGUUUACAAACUAAAAUAGUUAGAAAUAGAUGUUUUAUUUAGUGAAGCCCUUUGCGUUUGUAUAUGUAAACGGUAACGAUUUGCUGAAAGCUAUAUCCACGAUACUUGAUAAGAACAAACUUCGGCUAGUGUUGUGCAAAUGAAUGACUCCGGUGCUGCUAGGGAUGAAUAGUUAGCUCAGUGAUAGGAAUUGCUACAUCCAAUGUGAGAGUUAAGUAUAUAACAGGAUUCCGCAGGCAUGGAUCGGUAUAAUGAUGUGAAGGUGCUUCUUAAGAAAUGGGAGCAGUCGUUUGUCCAACAACAACAAAGGAAACCCAAUAAGGAGGACAUUGACAAUGCCCCUGAAGAUACAAAAAACCUCUAUAAGGAGUACCGCAGUUUAAAGCAAGCCAAGGAAAACAGCGACUGUCAAAGUGACCCCAGUGGACAACACCGCGCUACAGUGGUGGUCAAUGUAAAUCCAAAGGACUCAGACUGCUGGGGCACCCAUCUGAACCGCAGCCAGAUGCCGGUCCCCUCCCCUUGCCUGACGCCCCAGGACCGGGACAACCUCCAGGCCUCUGCCCAGUACUAUGGCGCCAAGCUGAAAAGCAACCUGGGCACCCUCGGCAAGGAGAGACCUGUCUCAAUGAGGAAGUCUUUGACUCCUGGACGCACGCCCCUCAAAUCCUGGAAAGACAGGCUGACUGAGCAGACCAGCAGCCCUGCAGCGAGUGCUGCUGCUGCUGCUGCUUCCCCCCUCAGGUCGGCCCGCCCGGCCCUGGGCGCCCUGGGCAGCCCCUUCAGAAGCCCGUUCGGCAGCCCAGUGACCAGCCCCUUCGCCCCGAGACGCAUCGGCAGCCCCUUUCUAGGGUCGCCGGCUACAAAGGAGCCCGAAGAAAAGUUUGAGGGACUCAAUCCAUCGUCCGACACACCACACGUUGAGUCCAGCGGCGCUGGCAUUGCUAGCACCGUCAGUGUUCAAGGUAGCAGUACUGCAAACGGUAUCAGCGGCGUGAAAAGCCACUCCUCUGGUUUCGAGUUCCAAUCCCCCCGGCUGCCCCAUACGCCUCCUCCCAACAGGACUAUGGGAACGCCGGGAAAGACUGCAGGAUUCUUAGGGAGAUUAAACGGGAGUGUGGAAUCCGCAGGAGUUGUGAAAAGUACAGUUGAUGCUGCUGAAAGUAUGGCGGACCGUUUGGCAGUUUGGGAUGAAGAUGCCGGAUCGCCGAUGGCCUUCGGGGGGGAUCAGCGGGGGGGGUUUCGCGGAGGGGCGGUGGGGGUGACAGGUCGAGGUAGACCCUCGCUCCUGAGCAGGCUGGGCUCUGUGGACCGCGGCUGGCUGGAGAGGUGCCAGGUGUUUGGGGAGGUGGAGGGAGGAGACAAGCCCGUGGCCGGCAAUACGGAGAUCCCAGAGCCCCAGAGGAAACCUGCGGCCGCGGAGAGUGUCGGGAAAGGUGAGACGAGGGAGAGGCCGGGGAGAACGGGAGCAGGAGCAGGAGAGGAUGGAAAAGAUGGAGAUGGAAUAGAAAACAAGAUGGAAAAGAAAGCGAAAAACUAUGAAAAGUCUGAGAUAGGAGACGUGGGGGCGGGAAAGAGAGCGACCGAGGAAACGGUGGAAGCGUCGGAGUGUGCUUCUCGCAACGUUGCGGAGGCUACCGCCACAGCUAAAUCCACCGGGCGCCGCAGUGCUAAAGUCAAAGGGGGGAGGGGCAAGAGGAAGGAGCCGGAGGGAGAAACGGACCAAUCAACGGAGGCUGAGUCGACCACAGACCAGGUGGGCGAGGAGGUCGCGGUUCGAGAGAAGAAGGCGAGCAAGAGAGGGAGGAAGAGGCAACGAGAGGAAGAGGAGGGGGAUGAACGCGAGGGGGAGGAGCCGGAGGGGGCGCCGACGAAGAGGAAGAGGGGACCCAGGAAGAAGAAGGAGGAGGGCGGUGGAGGAGACGGCACUGAUGUAGGCCCCACACCAGUCAAAAAAGAAGGGAAGAGAAAGAAGAGGGUGAAAAAGGAUGAGGAGGAGGAGGGGGAGGAGGAGGAGGAGGCAGAGAAAAGUAAAAAAACAAAAGAACCAGAAAAGGAUCCCCAGGAGAACCUGAUGGGGGAGGUGGACGAGGGGGUCAGAGCCUACAGGGCCUAUAAGACCCAGCCGACCAGCAGAGUGAGUAAAGUCACAGAAGGGAACUUCAUCAAGAUCAACCUGAAGAAGAAAUCUCACGUCAAAGGCUAUGCCCUGAGAGGAGCAGGUCUCCGCAAGCAGAUGUACAUGGAGAAGUUCGCGAAGAAGGGGGAGCGUUUCGGGGGUGGUUCCGGAAGGGGGUCCUUCCGGGGAGGGGGGAGGGGCGGCUUCAGAGGGGGCUUCAAUCGCCAAGGAGACACCUGCUACAAGUGUGGGGGGACGGGACACUGGGCCAUGAACUGCAAGGGACCAGCUCCAACCACAGCCUCCAAGGUGUCUGACGACCAACCAGCUGUCGAGGAACCGUUUGAACUGCCCACCCUGGAGGAGGUUGCCAGGGCAACGGGGACUUUGAAAUGCCAAUCACUGGACACUCCGUCCGCCACAGAGGACGAGGAGCUCUCCAAGCCGGGCGAACCGGACGGCAAACAGAGCGACGAGGUGCUCUUGAACGUGAUCCGUCCGGACUACGAGCGGCCCGUCGCCCCUCCACCCAUGGAGCCGUUGUACAGCCCGGGAGCGGACGGGAAAGUCCAGGCGACACCCGAUGCUGUUUAUGAAGCGCUCCGAGAGCUGGGGUAUCAGUCCUUCAGACCGGGCCAAGAGGACGCCAUCAUGAGGAUACUCUCAGGUCUCUCCACCCUGGUGGUGUUGUCUACAGGCAUGGGGAAAUCAUUGUGCUAUCAGCUCCCAGCUUAUCUGUACUCCCAGAGGUCAAAGUGCCUCACCUUGGUCAUCUCACCGCUUGUGUCACUGAUGGACGACCAGCUGUCGGGCAUCCCAGCUAAUUUGAAGGCAGCUUGUAUCCACUCCAACAUGUCCAUGAAACAGAGGGAGGCGGCCAUUGAAAAGGUGAAGUCAGGCGAGGUGUGUGUGUUGCUCCUCUCUCCGGAGGCGCUGGUGGGUGGCGGUGGGUCCAGCAGCGGCUGCCUGCCCCCCGCGGACCAGCUCCCCCCGGUGGCCUUCGCCUGCAUUGACGAGGCCCACUGCGUCUCCGAGUGGUCCCACAACUUCAGGCCCUGCUACCUCCGGCUCUGCAAGGUGCUGCGGGAGCGCCUUGGCGUACGCUGCCUGCUGGGGCUCACGGCCACGGCCACGCUGUCCACCGCCGUGGACAUCGCCCACCACCUCGACAUCAACGACAAGGACGGCAUCGCCGUGCGCUCUGCCGCCGUGCCCGAAAACCUGCAGCUCUCUGUCUCCAUGGACCGGGACAAGGACAGGGCGUUGGUCUCCCUGCUGAAAGGAGAGCGUUUUGGUUGUCUGGACUCCAUCAUCGUGUACUGCACCAGGAGGGAGGAGACCACGCGCGUAUCCGCACUGCUGCGGACCGCCCUGCAGGGGGUGGUGGUGAAGGACAACCCGUGCUACAGCAGCAGCAGCGCUCAGGCCCAGAGCAACCCUGCUGCCCAGAAGAAGAAAGAUCUGGCGAGGAAGAAGAUCCGGAAGCCCCUGAAGUGGCAGGCGGAGUCCUACCACGCCGGGCUCUCCGCCUCCGAGCGCCGGCGCGUGCAGAACAACUUCAUGUGCGGCGAACUGCGUCUGACGGUGGCCACGGUGGCCUUCGGCAUGGGGCUGGACAAGGCCGACGUGCGCGGCAUAGUCCACUACAACAUGCCCAAGAGCUUUGAGAGCUACGUUCAGGAGAUCGGGAGAGCCGGGAGAGACGGAUUACCUGCUCACUGUCAUCUCUUCUUGGACCCCGAGGGGGGCGACCUGCAUGAGCUGCGGCGCCACAUCUACUCCGACACGGUGGACUACUACACGGUGAAGAAGCUGGUGCAGAAGGUGUUCCCGCCCUGCAAGUGCAGACAGAUCCACCAGAAACAGCUGGACCUCGUGGAGCGUAAGGAGGCAAUGGAGGACAAUGAGUUACUAGAGAUGAUGGAUAUCUGUGAGCCUGAGAGCGGCUUAAACACCCCCACACAGCCUGACUUGGCACAGCCCGUGGACCCUGUUCCACAUGGAGAAGUACCAUCGCCAUCUUCUGCAGAGAUGGAACCCACUCCACAUGAUGAACAGGCCAAGACAGAAGAGCAGCAGGAGGAGGUAAACAAACCAACAGGGAGUGACGGUCCCAUCACGGACUCGGACCCCACUGUGCCUGAGUCGACGGAGGAGCCGGAAGAGAAGUUAAACGAGAGCGGCGACUGGCCCGUGGAAAGGUUGUGUCACAGCCAUGAGAGAGCCAUCCCCAUCCAACAGACGGUGGAGUCCCUGGACAUCACGGAGGAGGGCGUGGAGACCCUGCUGUGUUACCUGGAGCUCCACCCCCACCGCUUCGUGGAGCUGCUCCACCCCACCCUCUCCGGCUGCAAGAUCAGCUGCUACGACGGACCCCGACAACUGCAGAGGAUCACCAAGUUCUGCCCCCCGGUCGCGGUGGUGCUGGCCAGGAAGCGCAUGGCGGGCGAGCGCGUGGAGUGCUGCGACGGGCUGGAGUUUGACGUGGUGGAGGUGGCCGACACCAUGGGCUGGCAGCUCUCCCUGGUGAAGCGCGGCCUCAGGCAGCUACAGUGGAGCACGGAGAAGAGUGGCGGCCGCAGUGGCAUCGUCGUGGAGUUCUCCAGCAUCUCCUUCUACUUCCGUUCCUAUGGCGACCUGGACGAUGAGGAGAUGGACCGCGUGUGUGAGUUCCUCCACCGCAGAGUCCUGUCCCAGGAGAAGACCAAGCUCUACCAGCUGUCAGCCUGCUUCAAGGCCUUCCAAAGCGUGGGCUACUGCAACGUGUCGGCCUGUGUGGACGCUCUGGAGGCCGGCCGCAGCCUGCGUCUGAAGGCGCUGCUGUCAGAGUACUUUGAUAAGAAGCUGGACCGGGCCCGGCUACAGGAGCUCCAGGACGACGAGGAGCUCCACCCACUGAAGCUGUGCGACUGGGAGGAUCAGAUCAGAGCAGACAUCAGGAGUUUUCUGUCCCACCGAAGUGACGAGAAGUUCUCUGGCAGAGCGGUUGCCAGAAUCCUCCACGGUAUAGCCAGCCCCUGUUACCCCGCCCAGGACUAUGGCAGGGACCGCCGCUAUUGGAGGAAAUACCUCAAGUUUGACUUCAACCAGCUAAUCCGAUUGGCCACACAGGAGAUCAUUCGCUUCAAGUAACGGGCUACAAACCUCUUUUGCAUCAAAAAUAGAUGUUCUUUUUAAGUACAUGUACACUUGCACAUGUAUAAGAGGGUGAACAUCAACAGGAUUUGUCUUAUUACUUUGAAAUCAUAUAUAAAAGAUGAAUGUAUUUCAACAUGUAAGAAAAAAAGAGUUGCUAUGUGCAUAUGUAAAAAAAAAAAAGUUCUCCGUGUAUAAAUGUGUAAACUGUUGAAUUAAAGUUCUAUUUUUAUAUUUA